CUGUUGCUCAUAAACCUCAUCGCGCCACGCGCCGCAUCCUCCUUUUCUCUCUAUCUUCGCCACAGAGCUGCAGUGAAUCUGUCUGUCCUGCUGAGUUCCCGCAGCUUCGUACCGGAGAUCCUGCAGCCAACAGCUUUUUCACCUGACUGACAAGAUCUUUUCUCCCCCUGCUCUUUUUCCGCGGGGACACCAAGACGCAACUGAAGUCCACUUCUGCAGCAAAACUCCCCCCACGAACACGCUUCCAUCAUGAGUGAGCUGGCAUCCAAUAAUUCAGACAACAGCAGCCAGACGACUGCAGCUGACAACAAAGAGAAGGCAUCAGGAGCGAAGCCUCAGGAACAAGAGGAGGAAGUCGACAUCGACUUGGAGGCGCCGGAGACGGAGAAGGCAGCGCUCGCCAUUCAGAACCAGUUCAGGCGCUUCCAGAAAAAAAAGAAGUAGUCUGACUGACUGAUUUAAAAAAAAAAAUAAUAAUUAUAAUAAUAAAAUCAAGAAAAAAUAUAUUUAUUUCAGCAGAUGUACAGAUAUCCAAUCAAUGACAGCUAGUGGUUUGGGGAAAAUGGUGAAAGGAUUUCAGUUGUUCAGGAUUUAUUGUCAUAUUAUGCAAAGUGUCAGGAAAUGCCUUUUUGCAUGACAGAUCAGUUAUUAACAAUGAGGAAGUUUUGUAGGGGCGAGGAAGAGGCUUAAAAACAGCAAAAAAAUAAAUAAAAUAAAUUUAUAAUCUAGCAUGAUGAAAUACUGUAACCUCCCAUCACCUCAUUAACCUUUGCAAAUGUCCCACAUAUCAUCUCCCGUCUCUCAUUGCUCCCCAGCGUGCAUCUGAGCCCUUUUCCCUUUGCUCUUUUCACACACAAAACAAGCCCAGCACACACAAACACAUAAGAUCUGCAUAGCAACCAACAUCUCCAUUAUCACUUGCCACAACAAGCUUAGUUGGUCGAUGCUCAUGAAACAGGAAUGCACAGAAUGAAGAGAAGCACACCUUCCAGGUUCCAGGUUUGUCUCUUCCUCCCUUGGCUACUGCAAGGCUUUCUGUUACUCUCUGUCUGCCUCUGCAGGGACAGAAAUAUCACCAAGUAACUGUCUCAGGUGUGAAAUCACCUCUAUUGCUGGCCAGAAAUUGGAUAUCCGCUGCAUGCCAGUCUGAUCUCACAGGUGACGAAGGUGGUGGUCAUGGAAACUAGCUGCUAUCUCACUCAGUUGGAGGCAGUUUCCUGCAGGGGAGCUUAAUAAGUGAUAGGAAGUACAGGGACUUCAUGCAAGUCAUUAAUCCCAUACAGUGCGGCAAAUGAGUGACGCAUUAGUGAUCGGGUGCUCAUGUGUCAACAGCUACUAUAAAUUUAAACAGCCUUUCAGCAACACAAGGUGCUGGUAACACAUUCAGUUUGACAGGAUAUCCAAUAUUUACGCAAAAUUUGUUCAGAUAUUGCUAGAAAUAAUGACCUUACUGAGGCUAAAUUGUCUGAGAAAACUAAAGCUGAUCACUGCUUUAGCAAUGGUCAGGAGUUUUUUUUUUUUUUUUUUUGGCAGUAAUAUCCUUUUACGCAACUAAUGGCAAAGUACUUAUGUCACAUAGUUUUAAAAAAAAUGCUGAACAGAAUAUGGUAGAAAACGCUAACCAGAGGGGUACCGCAAGGCUUGGUGUUAGGCCACCUGUCUAUGUCGGUUACUGUCGGUAAUGUCCACUUCCACCACAUGAUUAAAAAAUGAUAAUAAAUCAUGGCUAAUUUACACACAGGGACACGUUAGACAAUACAGUCUAUUGACCAAAAUAAUAUUCUUGCUACUGAACUGGUUUGGUUUUUUCUUAAGCAUAUCUGAAAGCAGCACACAGCAUGUACAAUACUGGGGCCAGUAUUUCUCCUUUUGUUGGAUUUGUGCCCCAUGGAAAGUGAACCUUUUUAGGAAAUUUAAAAUCCAUUUUUGGAACAUGUGGCAUAAAUUUAUGGACUUAUAUAGAUAUAUUUUGAAAACAUAACUUAACUGGCUGGAAAAAAUAAUAAAACAAUUAUUUAUUGUCUGCAGUAGUGUUCAAUCUUAUCUCUUAGAUAAUUUGGAGAAUGUCAAGAUAUGUUAGCAUGUUAUUUAGAAAACAUGCUUAUAUCUUGUAGAUAUUUUAGAAAUGGGGUUUAAUUAACCAAGUCUUACCUAUCAUUUCCUUGGGCUCCUGAUCUCAGUUUGUGCCUCAUAAUUUCCAAAAAUAUUGAUUCAUAUCUUGUAGCAAAUUCACCUGAAUUUGGAAGAUUCUGAACAUAACAUAUGGAAUAAUCAUUGAUGAAGAAUCAUUAAGGAGAAAAUAAAAUUUCACCAGAGGUUAGUGAAAAAAAUUUGUGAAUAAGUAGGAAGUUUAAGGAACUCACAAAAAGAUUUGUGUUGAUGUGAACGGAAAAUCGCAUUGGUUGGCUUAUUGAUCUAUUGGCCCUUUGUCAGUUACCAAAGACUAGCGUCUGAGAACUCUAAACCUCACUCAGUUUUGGGUUACCGGGAGCCACAGCAGGAAACUUAAACCUCUCCUUCCUUUAAUAAACUCUUGAUAAUGAGUGGGAGUAGAUAGCUGCCAUGACCCAAAGUCCUCUCACUGUAAGGUCAGACAUCCUGCAGGGGUUGAGCAGAGAGUAAAAAACAUUCUUACCUUUAGUCCUAUUCUAACUUACAGCACAGAAACUAUAAGCACAUUAAUCCUACAAUGCACAUGUACUGUAUAAACAUACAACCCCUUCAAUAAAUGUAGCACACUUAACUGCUUUGAAGCCAGAUUUAUCUAGUGCUGUAAUAAUACUCUUACUAAUUAAAGGAAUUAUUAUUGGAAACUAACCUCUUUUCUAUAUCGAGGACAGAAAGCGGCCACACUUCUCCCUCACCAUCCCCCCAUUUCAUUUAUUACUUGAAGGAGAUUUGUUGGAGACAUCAUCUCGGUUUGAUUUCCAGCUCUUUUCCUGCUCUAGAUGGAGCUGACCUGGAUAGGUUUGUCUUUUUGUGGCAGGUACCCAUCAAAAAGUUGUAGAUUAUUGAAAAGAAAUUAGUUAAAAUGAUUACUUAACUAGACAAGAUGUCCUUGAAGAUGUUUUUAAUGUAUUUUGGGUAGUUAUAAACUAUUACCUAAGUUAAGCUCUUUAGAUUUUGUGUUUGUUUAGUCUAAAUGCCCUCAUAUGGAUGGAUAUUUACUUUUCAGCUACUUCUAGUUGUGAUGAAAUGAUUGCUCAGGACGGCAAGUCACACUGACUUUAUUUAAAAUUAAAAAAGCAGAAUUUUUUUUUUAACUGGAAGUUUUAUUAUUUAAUUCAUAGUUUUCUGACAUAGUCAUUGAUUUAUCCAUCAUCUGCAAGCAAAAUGUCUGUGAAUUGGUGCAAACACAUGUGGAAGUUUGGAAUUAGCUGCUCACAUCUAAAUACUCUCUUCAUACCCUAAACAGUUACUCCAGGAAAUAUAGCAUAAUUUAUUUUGAGCUACAUAAAUUAGAAUCACAAUACCUCUUUAAUGGCUAAACUAAAUCCAUGUAGAGGAAAGUAAAACUGAAAAGAAAAAAAAACAGGCUAACUACCCGAUUCUUUCUAUGCUUUUUUCACUCUCUUGAAGUGGGCACCUGAACUAAACCUCGUAUUUCAUUGCAGCAAAUUUCACAUUGUAUAUACCUAUGAAUCAAAUAGAUCGAGUUUUGAUUAUUUAUACCACAUUUGUUGAAGUCCUAAAAGUCAGAUUGAAGGUGGUCAACCUCAGACAUAUUUAAAUCUAAAAACAGUCAAAUAAAGUCAUAUUCAUGUGAAGCAUGACUGGGCUGCUGUAAAUGCAGAGGGACUGUCUAUGUCUGGAGGCUGUAAAUAGCUACCUGGUAGAAUUUAAACGGCCUUAAUGUUGCUUGGCAACUGACUCAGCUGAAGAAGUAACGCCAUCCUGGUCAUUUCAAUGUGACUUGUGAUAAGCCCUCCGAAACGAAACAGUGAGAUGGGUAGAGUGAGGGGACCUGUCAGUGAGAGGUUUUCAGAUCACCGCUAAACUCCAAAGGGAAGAGAAGAGUUUGGGUCAAAUUCUCCAUAACAUAAAUAAACCACAUUACCAUCGAUGUUCCUGCUACUCAUCAUCCAGUCUGCAUGCAGUCAAAUCUUAAGUACAGUGAAGUGUAUCUACUUUCUACAAUCAAGAGGUUUCACUUCUUUGUGGUAUAAUAGCCAGUACUCCAAUAGCCUAUUGUGUGUUACACAACUUAUAAAUUAUUAAUAAGCCAUUUGAAUGGGUGCAUUUUGCUUACUUAGCUACUGUGGUAAUCACAAGAUAGAAGCUCCUGCAUUUCAGCAUGUUUAAAGUGUAUCUAUGAGCAUUAACAAGACGUUUCAGGUCAGAUUUGCCAAGAAAUGAUUUCCCAAUACGUUUCCAGUUUGAUUACAUUUUCUUUGUUUCCACUCCAGUUCUUUUGGCUGAUUUCAUAGACUUUUAGCUCCGACUUCCACCCAGAGCAUGUUAGGUCACUGGCUUGGUUUUAUUUUUCCUUUUUCUUGAUGUCUUUCUUUUUCAAAGCUGUGUUUUUGCUUUGCUUUGUUAGCUUGACCUCAUUCCACUUUCCCCCUGAAGGCAACCAAAUGCGGGGUUCGCCGAGCACAGCUUGGAAAGGCUGGGCAGAAUUAAAAGCCCGUCCCGUUGCCUUGAUCAUGAAUAGAACAACCGUACAAACACUUUAUCCAAGACGGUUUAAGUAAGACUCCCCAGCAUUGUACCUAAAACCCUCCUAAUGCUGUGGCACACAGCAUCUUAGCGAAAUGCAGCCGAGGCUUUUGUACAUAAUGUUCACACUCCCCAAUGUUUGGACGCCACACCGUCUCUCUAAAUCCACGCUUGCCAGCGCAUUAUUCACCUCCUCUUGCAUAUGCUCAUCUACAUCACCUUAUUAUGCUUGAGAAGAAUCUAGUGAUGGGGAGAGUAAUUGUUUUGGUAUGCACAAAAGGAUUCUGGGGCUCAGCUUUACAGCCUAGAGAUGACAUCUAAGCCAUACUUUAGAGAAAAAAAAAGCAUAUAUUUAGAUAAUCUCUUCUUGCACAUUCCUUACUUUGUGUUGUCUCCGAAACAGCUGUGAUGAAAACCAAACAAAUACAUCAUCUCCCCUCCAAAUGCUACUGAAAGAAUCUGUCCUGUAAAUUGUAGGCUGACUGUUUGACUGUGAGCGGAACAAAAGCAGGAGUGGGAAUCCAGCUCGCCUUGAAGAGCAUUGUAAGCACACAAUGUGUGGCCAGUCAGUGACCAGUGUUAUUUCAGGGAGGCAUCCAGCAAUCAGGAAGCUCCCCCACCUCUUAACCCACUAUAAUUAUUACUGCAUCAUUAGUUCUCCUACCAUAACUGAGUCGUAAUUUAUUACUGCUUUUUUCUGGAACUUAUGUGAAUUACCUGUGUUGUUGUGAUCUUCUCCAAACUGUUGUGUUCUGACGUGAAGGCAUGUACAAUCCAUAUUUGUAUGUUUAACACAAUAAAUUUCCCUUCAAUAAACAGACAUUUUAAACUUGAA